UUUUAAAAAUGGCGGCGGUUGUUGAUGCUCCAGAUAGCUCGGUCUAAUAUUUUAACCACUGUAAACAACGCGCAGAUCCCCGCCGCUGACGUGAUGAGGAGCGGGUCACUGCGCAGCGUUUCCGCAUGCCUCGUGUGAACAGGACGGCAGUUUUACUGCUGCUGAUCGUCAGCAGCUGUGUGUUCCUACUGUUCCAGCUCCAUUACUAUCGGAAAUACGUCAGCAGGUCUGGGCCUCAUAUUUUGAGCCAAACGGGCCACCUUACUGCUAGUGACAUCCAAUGGCAAACAGUGAAGACGUUCCUUGCACUGGCUCAGCGUUUCAGGCUGCCACUGUUUUUAGCUGACACCGCUGCUCUCAGCUUACUCUCCCAGGAUGCUUUGCGGCAGCGUGAUCAACAAACACACGAGCCACACUGUACCUUCCUGUGCACCAACAGACAAGUCACAUCAUUUGGGUUACAAGCCAACCUGUGGAAGUACAACCCUGACUUCCUAUUGGCUGCCGAGCAGAAAGGCUUUGAGCUGCUGCAGCUUCGAGGAGAGGAUCCACGAUUAGCCAGUUUGGACACGCUGUCAGGAGAAGAAAUCCCGCUUCACUUCCUGUUCCGUCUCAACAGUUAUAUCAUUCACGUGGUGUUCCUGUACGAGCGCAGUGGGAACUACCUGUGGCAUGGGGCGUUACGGCUAAAGGCUAACAUGGACAGAAGCUUUGCUCCCUUCAAACUUCUUGACUAUGGACGCUACAGUGGAGCUUAUGACAGACCAGAACUCAUCUUGACAGUGGUGGAUGGUCUUGAUAUAAAAGUCCCACGAAAUGUGACUGGUUUCCUGAACGAGCAGCAAAACGCUCGCUUUUUAGAAUGCCGUUAUCGUGAGGCACGCAACUUCCUCCAGCUCUAUCCAGAGGACUCCUCACAAGCUGCGGUGGAUUUUCGCAAAAGUGCUAAAUCCCUCCUCCACGUCGCUGCUCGCACUCUUCGUGGCCUCAGUGUACCCUUCUGGCUCAGCAGCGGCACGUGUUUGGGUUGGUUCAGACAGUGCAGCGUCAUCUCCUACAGUCGAGACGUGGACAUCGGGAUCUUUAUCAAGGACUUCAGACCUGACAUCAUCUCAGCAUUCCGGGACGCUGGCCUGACACUCAAACACAAAUUUGGAAAGGUGGACGACAGCCUGGAGUUGUCAUUUUUGAGUGGAGAUGUCAAACUGGACAUUUUCUUUUUCUAUGAAGACAGAGACCUCAUGUGGAAUGGUGGAACUCAGGCAAAGAGCGGCAAAAAGUUCAAGUACCUCUUCCCGCGCUUCUCACUCUGCUGGGCAGAGCUCCUGGAGCUGAAGGUACGAGUUCCCUGUGAAACACUUGACUAUGUGAUGGCAAACUACGGCACCACCUGGAGCGUUCCUGUGAAGAGCUGGGACUGGAAGUCGUCACCGAGUAACGUACAAGAAAACGGGCUGUGGCCUCCAGCCGAGUGGGAGGAGCUCAUUCAGGUUUACUGAAACAAUGACCAUGUGGAUCAAUAAUCCCUAAUAAAACGGAAACUGAAUAAACUGUA